AUGACUGCUUCCAGAAAUCUAGAAGAGCUGUCAGUGAAGCACAUGAAGGAAAUUAAAGGCGUGGAAAACUAUGCAAACCAUGUCUGUGACUUACCAGAGGAAAAAGAAGCAUUUUCUCCUAGUUAUGAAAAGGAAAACAAACAGCCUAGACAUAAGUUUAAAGAGCUCCAACUCAAACCAGAAAUGCAAACAAAGGAGGUUGAAACGUAUCAAGGCUUGUCUACAGUGGCUCUGAGCAGCCCUGGUGAACAGAUCACACACUUAAUCAUGGAAAGAAGUACACUCUUGAGGAAACUGGAACUUGGGAACCCCAAGCCAGAACCACAAAGAUGUCUGAGCCGUAACCUGCAGAAAGACUUUCCCCAGGAGAAACUUGAACAAACCCACCAGCCUCUGCAAAAGGACCAUCAGAAACAUCAAGAACCUGUGCAUCAGUCUAAAAAAAGCCUGAGUGAGUCCCAUAAUGAAGAUCCAGAAAAAGAUAAAACACCACAAAACUGCAGAGAGAGAGAUUUGGAGGACGUAGCACGGAAGUUAGAGGUGGCCCAUGGAGAGAUCCGAAGGCUCACUGAUGAACUGCAAGGGAAGGAGAAGGUACAGAGCAAACUCGCUUCUGCAUUUGAGAAGGCUCAACUAGAAAUUGAGAAAUUGAAAGAAAAUUUGAUAAAGCUGAAAGAAAAUGACUCAGUUGACCUACAGAAAGCAAAGGAACAUAAUCAGAGACUGGAUGAGGAAAUUCUGGCUCUAAGAAGUCGGGUUCGAUCACUUGACUCAGAAAAAAAAGUACUUGGAGAAGAGGUUGAACAACUUAAAAGAGGAACGUGUGAAGCUCAAGGGAAUAAGCAUCUUGGAAACCACUCUCCUGGGAAAACUGUGGGUGCUGAACAGAAAGUAGAGUAUCCAUCAUCUGGAGAAAAACUGAAAUACCAGCAGCAAGAGGAGGUACAACAGCUUCACCAGAAUUUGCACCGGCUCCAGACUCUAUGCAGCUCAGCAGAAAAAGAGCUUCGAUACGAGCGAGGAAAGAACUCGGACUUGAAGCAACAUAAUAGCUUACUUCAGGAAGAAAGCAUUAAGAUCAAAAUUGAACUCAAGCAGGCCCAGGAAAAGUUGUUAGACAGCUCAAAGAUGUGCUGUUCACUCACGGCUGAGUGGAAGCACUGUCAGCAGAAAAUCAGGGAACUGGAGCUGGAAGCACUUAAACAGGCUCAGAGCAUUAAAUCACAGAACAACCUACAGGAAAUGCUGGCUCAGGAGAAAUCUAAAGUUGCUGAUGCAGAGGACAAGAUUUUGGAUCUGCAGCAGAAAUUGGAACAUGCUCAAAAAGUCAGUCUAACAGACACUUGUAUUUUGGAGAAGAAGCAAUUAGAGGAAAGGAUAAAAGAAGCAAUAGAAAAUGAAGCUAAAAUAAAGCAACAGUAUCAGGAAGAACAACAGAAGAGGAAACUCCUAGAUCAGAAUAUGAAUGAGCUACAGAAGCAAGUGAAAAUCUUACAGGAAAAAGAGAGUCUAUUGGAAAUGACCAGUUCUCAGCAACAAAUCAAACUUCAGCAACAAAAGGCCCAACUUAAAGAACUGGAAAAUGAAAAAAGAAAAUCUGAUGAGCAUCUCAAGAGCAACCAGGAAUUGUCAAAGAAGCUGUCUGUGUUGCAGCAGGAAAAGGAAGCUCUAUGUGAACAAAAUGAGCACCUUUUGAAACAGUUUGAUCUCCAUGUGAGAAACUAUCAUCAGAAACAUCAGUACUACAAAGUCAAGCUGCACACAAUCAAGGAUCGUUUAGUUGAUGAAGUAGAACUCCGAGAUGAGAAAAUCAAACAACUUGAAAAUGAGGUUGGAGCCCUGCGGCAGCAAAUAGAAAAGGAGAAGGCAUUCCAGCACCAGAUCGCCACCCAAAAUGACACCCUGCUCCUAGAAAAAAGGAAACUUCUGGAGCAGGUCACAGAACAAGAAUUAUUGAUUGACAGCAACAAAUGGAGAAUGUCUUCUGUCCAAAACAGAGUACUUUUCCUGGAUGAAGAAAAUAAGCAGCUACAGAAAAACUGUCUCCGGCUCACGCAGGAGACUGGUCUCCUAGAGCAUAUCAUAAAGAGCAUCCAGAUCCACAGAGGGGAGGAAACAACAGUUUGUGACAUCCCUGAAUCUGAAGUAUUGAAUAAAAUCAUGUAUUUACCAAACUCCAGUUUUUCAGGAACAGGUUUGGUAGAGUCAGCUGGAAGUCUUCAAGAGACUGAAGAACAGAGGUUAGAAGAAACAGUGGCACACCCCAAGUCCCUCGAGUCCCUUUCAUGUUCACAGAAUUCUGAAGCUGGAAACAUAAACGGGGCUUUCCCGAAAGAAACACAUCUCAUUCAACAAUAA